CAAACCAACCCAUAAUGUAUGCAUUAAAACCAUAUUUUUGUAUGUUUUAAAGCCAACACAAAAACAAUUCUAAUUCAUAUCACUUUAGCUGAGAAAUGGGUUCUGUUGGAGACACAAAACCCCAUGCAGUAUGCAUACCAUUUCCAGCACAAGGCCAUGUUAACCCUAUGAUGCAACUAGCCAAGCUUUUGCACUCAACAGGCUUUUACAUAACCUUUGUCAACACGGAAUUCAAUCAUACUCGACUAAUCCGGUCUAGAGGACCGGAGUCUGUCAAGGGUCUGCCUGAUUUCCGAUUUGAGACUAUACCGGACGGGUUGCCACCGUCCGACAAUUUUGAUGCAACACAAGAUGUUCCACCCUUGUGUGAUUCAACAAGAAAGAAUUGUUUGGCUCCAUUUAAAGAACUGCUCAGCAAGCUAAAUUCAAAAUCGACGGCUGAUGCGCCUCCAGUUAGCUGCAUAGUCUCGGAUGGAAUCCUGAGUUUUUGUAUAAAAGCUGCAGAGGAAUUGAACAUUCCUCAGGUUCAGUUUUGGACUGCCUCAGCUUGCAGCUUUAUGGCGUAUUUACACUACAGUGAACUCGAAAGAAGAGGACUCAUGCCAUAUAAAGUUAAAGAUUUUCUGAAUGAUGGUAUAAGUUAUACCCCAAUUGAUUGGAUCCCUGGCAUGACUGAUAUUCGAUUGAAGGAUAUGCCGACGUUCAUCAACACCUCAAACGAUGAAAUACUGUAUGAUUUCGCAGGAUCAGAAACACGGAAUUGCUUGAACUCUCCUGCAAUUAUCUUCAACACAUUUGAUGAGUUUGAACGUGAAGUUUUAGAUGCUAUAAUUGCUGAUAAGUACCAUGGGAAACUAUACACAAUAGGUCCACUUAACUUGCUCGCAAGGCACAUACCAGAAAAUGAAUCCAAAUCAUUUGCCUCAAGCCUAUGGAAAGAAGACUCAAACUGUCUUGAAUGGCUUGAUAAAAGAGAAGCUAAUUCCGUUGUGUAUGUAAACUACGGAAGCAUAACUACAAUGUCCGAGAAACACUUGAAAGAAUUUGCAUGGGGUCUUGCAAACAGCAAAUACCCGUUUUUAUGGAUAACCAGGAAAGAUAUAGUAAAAGGGGAUUCUGCAAGUUUACCCCAAGAAUUUCACGAGGAGAUCAAGGAUAGAGGAUUGCUAGCAAGUUGGUGUCGACAAGAUCAAGUGCUAGCACAUCCAUCAGUUGGUGUUUUCUUGACACACUGUGGAUGGAAUUCUACCAUCGAAGCUGUUAGCCAUGGUGUGCCUAUAAUUUGCUGGCCAUUUUUCGCUGACCAACAGACCAACUGUCGAUAUGCUUGCACUAAAUGGGGAAACGGUGUGGAGGUUAAUCAGGAUGUGAAAAGGGAUGAAAUUGAAGGUCUCGUAAAGGAAAUGAUGGAAGGGGAUGACGGAAAGCAAAAGAAGCAAAAGGCGUUAGAAUGGAAAAGAAAAGCAGAAGAAGCUACAAAUAAAGGAGGAUCGUCUUAUAAUAAGUUCAAUAGAUUCAUCAAAGAAGCUCUUCAUAGCGAUUUGCAAUUAGUAGAAUAAAUGCGAAAUAAUGUCAGGAGGGGAACUAUUACGAGCUAUUUGUUCAAUUGUGAUAUCUUCGUAAUGUUUAAGUGUGCAAUUAUUUAAUAAGUGGCAGGCACAGGCAAAUCACUUUUAUUAACAUAAGGCUAUGGAGAUUAUUCUGUUAUGAUAAGCUACCUGAAUUUUGCCAAUUCAUUUAAGCACUUCUUUGGUCA